UCGGCACGGGGCGGGAGGGUUGCGUGUGUGUGGGGAAGCCCUGCCCUGUACUCCUGAAGGGCAAAGCAGCGCCGGAUCCUGUCGCCGCCGCGUCGCCCUAUCGCCUACACCCCCCCGACAGCACCACGCACGCCGGCCCCAACCUCGUGGGGUCCCCCCACCACCCCCGUCGCAGCCCUGCCCCGGUACCGCCGCCGGGGCCGUGCCGAGCGCCGCUCCCCGCCGCGGCGGGGCCGGGAUUGGCUGCGGGGGCCGGGGGGGGCCGGGGGGGGGCCGGACACGGCCGCGGGUGGGUGCGCGGAGGAGGCUGCGUGGGGCGGCACAGCGAGAGCCCACGGCGGCGGCCGGAGGGAGCUGCGGCAGGGGGGCUCUGCUCACGGAGGGUGCAGAGCCUAAGGGUGGUGCUAUGCCCGCCGAACCGCUCAGCCGGGCCGUGAAGAUGCACGCCAUCCCCGACCUGCACUCCUCGCUCACCGUGCGGCUCCUCAGCAAGGGGCCCGAGUACCUGCGAAGGCAGAUGGGGGCAGGCACCCCCGGCAGGAGAAGCGCGGUGGAGAGGCUGGCAGCCGACAAGGCCAAGUACGUGAAAAGCCAGCAGGUGAUCGGCACCAAGCAGGAGCCCGUCACGGUGCUCAGCUCAGCCUCAGAGAGCAGCAGCGAGGCGUGCUCGGUGGAGAGCAAGAUCAACAGGGACUUGGGCAGAGGGAAGGGCGCGAAGCCGCUGGAGCGGGCGAAGGCAACAUGCUCCUGCCGUGCCCCCCUGCAGCACGGCCCCCCCAUAGCCAGGCGCAGCACCCCCAGGAGGCAGAUGCGGCCGGACUCGCUGGUGAUCUACCGGCAGAAAUGUGAGCUGGGGAGAGGCCAGAGCCAGGACGGCUCACGGGGGAGUUUGGUGAGGAGGCUUUUCCAAGGGCCUGGAAAGGAGAAGCAGCUGGCCUCCCCCGAGAUGCCCAGAGUCAUUAUGGAGGACACUGCAAGCGCUGAGAGCAAAGAGCCGCCCGUGGCAAAGCAUAGUGACCACGAACCGAGCAGCCAUGGGGCUGAGCAGACUGCUGCUGCAAGCACCAAAGCCCCAGGGGUGUGCACAGCAGAGCUUGAGAGACCCUCAACAUUGACUGUAGCUGCUGAAGAGGUCAAGGAGGUGAAGAGGAGAGGUCUCCAUCGCUCCCAGUCGGACAUCAGCUCUCGCUACUCCAAGUCUUUCGCUGAGUUUGAUACGUUUUUUAAAUACUGUGGCCUGGAGCAGGAGGUCAUUGAGGAUCUGGGGAGAGAGAACUUCUCAGUGGUGUCCGACAACAUCUCCUUCAAGAUUCGCAGCAUCAGCGUGGCAACGUCCGAGAGCGACUUCACAAGGCACAGUGGGGACGAGGGGCUGCUGGAGGAUGAACUCACCGAGCAGGUCCCAAGCAGCACCUCCGUGAUAGAGCGCAACGCUCGGAUAAUCAAGUGGCUCUACACGUGUAAGAAAGCCAAGGAGACUAACAAGGUGAUGCAGGAGCUGGCAUGAAGGCUUCUUUCAGCAUGCAUUGCAACCUGGCAAACUCAAGAAUCCUUGACUUGGAAGUUGAACAAAACCAGACACAGGAAGAAACUCUUCCCUCAUCUGGCUCAUGGCUACUUUGUCCAAGUUUAGCAUUUUCUUCUUGCCUCCUUCCUUCGCCCCCAUCCCCUGGCAGCCUCACUUUGUCACAAGCACAAAGGGUGUCCGAGAGCAUGACGACAAGCUGAAAUCGUGAACUGUGCCAUGGCGAGGAAGCAGGAAGUGAAAGCUCCUGGCAAAGCAGAGCAUGCUGUUGGCAGAAAUAUCCAGCAUCAGGUCACCGCCCCAGGAUGUCGCUCCGAGAUGUGGCAGAAGGUCCGUGUCAUGCACCCGUGUCUCCCCAGCAAUGAGUUUGUCACCAGGGAUGGGAGGAGAAAGGGGAUGAAGUGGCAAUGAGCCCUGGGUCAGGCCUCGCCCUGCAGGCCAGCUGGCUCCACCCAGCCGCUCAGAGGCCCUGUCCUACCAGGGCUGUUUGACCAGGGCCCAUCCUGACAUCAGGAGACAUUGUUUGCCUGGCUGGUGAGGACUGUGGCAGCUUUAUCUGGUGUGCUUGGCAAACAUGCUGUAAGCUAAAUCCCUGCCAAGCCACUCUUUAAGGCUGUUCAUUACACACUGGGGUACCUUUUGUCCAUCUAGCUUGUUCUGUAGCACAACCUCCUCAGCCCAUCGGGGGAAUAGCUUCUAAAACACUGCCUGAGUUGUUUUUUUUUUCCAGAAGCACAAUUCUAAGAAACAGGUAGUCAAAAAUUAGACAGGGUUUAACAUUGUUUUUGCCAUGCUGCAGAAUUGUACAAUUCACAUUUACAUGGGCUCCUCCACUGUGCUUGCAACCUAUUUCUAACUCUACCAGUGGGGGUUUUGUUCCCGUGCUUGGCAGCUGGUGGCUCAAUACCUGUGUUUUAUGCACCAGGAGUGGGCUUACAGAAUCACAGCAGGAAACUGUAUCCUAGCCUAUGCAAGGCCACGCUUCCCUAGUGUGGGUCUAGAGUAGAGCUGCAUUCAGGAUGUACAGGCCAGCAUCCCUGCACUGUGACAUCUUGCAAGAGUAUGUGCUAAGGCACAGACACAACCAUGCCAGGUAGAUGUCCUGAUGGGAAAAGAUCCAGUGCAGACAGGACCUCACUCAAUAUCUUCAAUAAAGUACUUCAUUUGAACUGGUCAAGUGAAAUGUGUUUCAAAAGCUGAUAAAAAGUACUUUGGAUCAUCAGUGUAGGGAAUGGUGCCUUCUGCAAUAACUCGUGGACCUUGCUGGCUAUGCCCCAGAUACUUAAUGCAAUCUGUCAUUACUUAACAGAGAAUGUCUGAGACCAAAGCUUUUUUUAUGUGGAUAUUACAAACCACAAAAAAAUAUAUAAAAUAAUAUAGGGCCAGUAUAGGUGCCCUUUUAGUCACACCAAGGCCUAUCUGACAGCUGCACAGUAAGGACUCCAGCGGGGCGUCCUGCAGAGGCUAGAUGUGUGUUGCCACAGGCUCGGUGUCCUGCUUGCAGUGCCAGACUUCACCCGGUCCUUAGACCUGAGCUGUGAGGAGUCCAGAAAAAGGAGCUUUCAUUCUCUGCAUUCCUCUCUGCUCGCACACCGGCAGCUCUCAAGGUGCCUCUUCUGGCCCAAAACGGCUGCCAGCAUGGCUGGGUGGAAGCAGAGCCCAAAUGAGCACUUGAGCUGCAUUUUUAAAGUGUUUGUUGCUCUCGGUAAAUAAACCUGUAGGAGAGGAAAGGGCAAGAGUGAACAGUGAUACUCCUAGAAAACAUCCGACGUGGGAGGCCCAGUUUCCCGUUUGAACUUACACAAACGUGGCACGCUGACAGAGUCACCCCUGAAGCACUCAUCAAGUGCUGCAGUUGACAGCAGUUAAAUUCACAACAAGAUGGCUGGGUUGCAUUUACAUAUGUUUUAAAUGUGCUUGUCAGUCACUGAAUAGUUAGUUCUCAAUUACAGCAACAGUUUGAGAAUGCAAGGCAUUUGUCUUCGUUUUCUAGUGUCACGUACUAAGGUCUGCGUGUCUGAAGUUGUCUAGAUAGGCAGAUAACACUUCCCGAUACAAUAAUUUUUGAGCCUGUUUUAAAUUUAGGAGAAAAACAAAUAGUUUGCAUGAGUGAGCUUCUGCAAAUGUAGAAAGAAGCUAGCACACAGGGAUAUCCUUGUUAAAUAAUAAAAUUUCUGUGUGCUUCUGUUACAUUAUUAUUUAAGGAUGAUUCUCAGAAAACUACAACCCAAGAUGCUGCUAAUAUGAUUUAUGCACUGAAAGUGCAAUUUGUAAAGGGACACAGACGAGGUUUAUUAGUCAUGAACAUAACCUGUUGCAUCUGUUCUUUUCAUGCUCACUUUGCAAAGUACUUUGAUGCUUUUGUCAGAAGUUGAUACCUGCUUGCCUUUGAAAAUAUGAAUUGACUGUAGAUGGUUCAGAGCCCAGGAAAAAUCUUUUGCUUUACGAGUCAGUGCCCCACCACAAUACAAGGGAGUUAUUUUGUUUGUUAUCCUAGGAAGAUUUUCAGUUUCAUUUUCAAACUUCUGUUUGUUUUCACUUUUUCAGAUGAGCGGCUCUCAACUUUGAAGUUAAGAUUAUAAUGCUAGGAAAAAAAAUAGAAGAUGCAUUGGUAGUGUGUUUUCAACGGUAGAAAUGUUCAAUUGGCUUGAAGGUACUGAACAUGUCUUUAUCAAAAUCAAUGAAUGUUUCCUGGCAGAGAUUAGUGAAACCAGAACUGGCCCCAUUCUGAAUAUUUUUUUAAUUCCCCAUUUUUAUCUUUAUGGUCAGUUUAAUGUGGUUGUGAUGACUUUCCACAUUUAUGUGUGGCAAAAUUUCCCUUGCUUUGUUCAAGCUUUGAUAGGAACCCUGAGCCCUCUGAAGUAUCAUUUAUUCCAGAGAAGAUGUGGACGUAUCUAAGAUCUUCCCCUGGUAAGCUAUGGAUUCCCUUUAUUAAAAAAUAUCUUCUGGAUAAGCUAAUAACCUACUUUUCACAGUAUGCCUAGAAAGGCAGUAGAUGACAAUCAUUCUUUCUCCAUACCUCUUGUGAAUGGAUGAUUUGGUGCUUAUUCCAAAGACUGGUACUUCAUUCAGCUCCUGUUACUGUUAUAUGGGAUGGCUUUUUCUUCCAUCUGUUGGGUGUUUCACUCAUAUCCAUCAAAAUGAGAAAAAAUUGCUACUGUUAGUCACUACCUGUCUUUUCCCAAAAGAAGUCUUCAAGAUGUUUUUACUACUUUGCUAUAAAAGACAAGAUUUGAAGGGCUGUUUUUUUUCAACUUUAUUGAUAAAGUGAGGUAAAUCAGAAGUUUGGAAAUGGGUUUCUAUUCUUUUGGGAAACCUAAAACUGGGGCUGAGGGCAAAGACAAAUCAUAAAUUGAAUGAUUUUGUCAAAUGGAGUGCAAGUGUGCAGUGCUAACUGCUAUUUACACCUAAGUGUUUCAACGUGCUCCAACCAUGUGACAGGACAAUAUCCGCAGCUGUAGCAUAACAUGUGAAAGGUACAAAGUCUGAUUUUUAUGGCCUAAACGUUAAUAUUUGCAAUAAAGACAUCAGGUAGAGACUGUAAUCCUUGCAAUAUAUUGUAAAUAUUACUGUACAGAGAUCUAUAUGUAACAAGUACAGAUUGUUCUAUUAUACAUGUAUUACUUUUCAAAGGGAGGUAGCUCUCAUGUUUUGUGAAUUUGGAGAAACAUUACAAUGAUGGACAUUAAGCAGAAACUUCCCUGGGAGGAGGUUAACCUGUCAUUGCCUCAUAUGAAGUUUCUUACAUCGUCUUUUGAAUCUUGUGAAAUAGAGUACUGGUCAGAUUUGGUAUACAAGUUCCUAUGUUUCUGUAUUUAUAGCCAUGUAAAUGUACCACAUACUACUGAGUGCAUACAAAUAAAAAUACCACACUGAGAGUUAA